ACCAAUCAACCAAACAAACAAAACCCAGAGGAUAACAAAUGACGCCAAAAAUAUAGCAUAGAUUUCGUCGAAUCAAGUUAACAUCCAUAACAAACCCAAACCCCUUCGUUCUUCACAAACCCCCCUGCCUGCAACAACACAAUUCUCACUCAGACCUUUUCACAAACACAUGGUGUGCAUACAUUAAUAAGCAUUUUCACAAACACGUAGUGUGCUCGACGACCAUGGGUUCCAUAAACCCCAUUCGGCGGCCGAGAAUCGCCGGAGUUUCGAUAUUUCUCGUCGCUCUUCUUCUUCUUCUUACCGGAGUAAACUGUGCUGACGUGUACUAUGAAUGGAUUGUUACGUCCGAAUUAACGACCGUUUCUCCAAUGGCGUACAAUCAGCCUGUUAUUAAAAUCAACGGAAUAUUCCCCGGCCCCCUCAUCAAUGCAACAACAAACGACGUCGUAUUUGUUAAUGUCUUCAACAAUAUGGAUGAGCCUUUACUCUUCACAUGGAAUGGGAUACAACAAAGGCUAAACUCGUGGCAAGACGGGGUAUCGGGGACAAACUGCCCGAUCGAGCCCGGAACAAAUUGGACUUACGCUUUUCAAACAAAGGACCAAAUCGGAAGCUUCACCUAUUUCCCCUCGUUGAACUUCCAUAAGGCCGCAGGAGGAUACGGCCCCCUCCGAGUCAACAAUCGCCACGUCAUCCGCGUACCUUUCCCUACUCCGGAAGCCGAAUUCGACCUUCUUAUCGGCGAUUGGAUCGAGGACUCUUACAAGCGUGCUCGACUAGGGUUGGCAUGGAAACCUCGAGUUUACCCCGGUGUGAUGUUGAUGAAUGGAAAAGUACCUUACGGUACCCCAUAUUCUAUAUCUUACGAAUCUUUCAAUGUCACAAAAGGGAAGACUUACCGGUUUAGAAUAUCGAACGUGGGAACUCAAUUGAGUUUCAACUUCCGAAUUAAAAAACAUACGAUGGUUCUUGUCGAAACGGAAGGUUCUUACACGGAUCAAAUCGUUUUGGAUUCUCUAGACGUGCACGUUGGCCAAUCGUAUUCGGUUCUCGUUACGGCCAAUCAAGACGAAGCCGAUUAUUACAUCGUUGCCACUCCAAAAUUUUACAAGACUAUUGGCCCUAAUGACCCCCUUGUAGCCAAAGGGAUACUACACUACGAAAACUCCGUUUCGACCGUCCAAAAUCCCGUUCCCCACGGACCCGAUCCUUUCGACGUAGAUUUUUCGAUUAAUCAAGCUAAAUCUAUCAGGUGGAAUAUGAGUGUCGGUGCGGCUAGGCCGAAUCCGCAAGGCACUUUUAACGUGACAAACGUGACUGUAUCUCAGACGUUUGUUCUUCAUGGAUCGAUGGCUCUGAUUAAUCACUCACCGAACUAUGUGGUGAAUAAUGUCGCGUACCUAACUCCGAGUACCCCGUUGAAACUUGCGGAUCAUUUCAAAAAUGGGUCCGGUGUUUACCGGCUCGAUCGGUUUCCUGUUGACUCGGUCAACCGUGUUGCAUCGUACGGUGUUUCUGUUGUGACGGGAGUGCAUAAAGGGUGGUUGGAGAUUGUGUUCAAGAAUGAUCUUCUUUAUGAGAUGGAUUCUUGGCAUUUGGAUGGCUUCGGAUUUUAUGUCGUCGGGUUCGGCGAUGGAGAAUGGACGGUUGGAUCGCGAAAAACGUACAACCUAUACGAUCCGGUCGUUCGAUCAACGGUUCAAGUGUAUCCAGGUAAAUGGACGGCUGUCUACGUGUUUCUCGACAAUCCAGGUAUGUGGAAUUUGAGAUCACAGAAUCUGGUGCAUUGGUAUAUGGGCCAAGAACUCUACAUACGGGUCCACGACAAUGACCCGAACCCGGCUAAGGAGCGGGCCCCGCCUCAAAACCUCCUCCGUUGUGGAAUUUUUGAUGAUGCUUCAGCUCCAGUAGUGAGUCCACCAGCUCCUGAGUCAGGGUUGUGACAAACAGAUAUUCUGCUGAUUUCUAUUUAUUAAUUUAAUUUAAAUGUUUUUUUUAUACUUAUGUAGAUGUAUUAUUUUUCUUGGACAUGUCUCUAAAUCGGGAUUUUGACUAUUUAAAAUUAUUAUUUU